AAACAAGAUCACAUGCGUUUUCAGCUAAACACGACACAGUUCAUCAGCCCCCUUUCAAGAUCUCACAAAAUCUCAAAUCCCCCACCAUUUUUCUCCUCCUACAUGGAUUAAAAUAAAGCAAAAAACGAAGCAUCCUCGUUACCUUCAUCUUCUUCACUCCUUUUGUCUUUUUCCCUCUGAAUCUUUGAUCCGCCAUGGCUGAGCUCUGACACCCAUCAGAGCUUUUUCGACCCAUUAUCGAAGCUGCCUCCCACUUUCCUCUUUCAAUUGGUUUAUAUAUAUAAAUCCAUCACUCCCACUCACUUCACUCACUUAAAAUCAAAUUCAAUUCCAUUUUCAUUUCUUGAUUUAGUAAUUCCUCUGUUCUUGAAGCUGCUUCUAUGGCGGCGGCGGCGGCUCUGUCAUUUUCCCCUUUUCAUUUGGAUGACGCUGCCUCGACCAGAAUGCUGAAGGAUUUUCUUCAGGAAAGUAAUGGAAAUGGAGAAUCGAAAACGGCGUCGUUUGUUAAGAGGAUCUCGUUUCCGUCGCUGAAAUUGCGAAGGAUUCUUCCGAGAAGCCUUUCGCGGCGGCUGUCGGGGAUGAGAGAGAGAGAUGAGAGAGAAACCGGCGGCGAUUUCGUUGUUAAAGUGAAGGACAUUAUUCGGUGGAGAUCGUUUAGGGAUUUGGUCGACGAGACGGCGGAAAUGGCGGCUCCGCCGCUUGAUUUCGCUGAUUCGCCGGAUCGUUAUACGGCCGCCGCUACUACUACGACGACCACGACGGCAACUAAUAGCAACAGUUCGAGUUGGUGCGAGAGUGAUUUCACGGCGGAGGAUUUGCCGUCGCCGUCGUGGAAAGGUUGUUCCGACGACGACGAGACGGGGAAAGUAUAUUUCUCUUGUGUCGGUGAAGAUUUGUCGGAAACGCCCGUAACAAACUCAGAAAACGACAAAAAGGUAAACUUAUUAUCCCGUGACAAUAAAGGUGACAAUAAAGGCGAACAAAGUGCUCGACGACUAUUAGAACGUAUCGACGAAACAAUUUCAUUAUCACGAAGUUACAAGUUAAUGGAACUGUUUCAACAAGAACGUCCGUAUUAUCGAGAAAGUGAAGACGAUGAAGAACGGGAUAAAAACAAUAGCACGGGAAAAGCUAAAGAAGACGGAAAUGAGUUGUUUCGACGCGAAUUUUCGUACCAGCAAGCAAGUGACAACGAGGAAGAACGAGAUAAUAAUAAUGGGAAAAUUAGCACGACGGGAGCUGAAGAAGAUGAAAAUGAAUUGUUUCGACGAGAAUUCUCGUGUUAUCGAGAUAGUAAACACGACGGAGAACGAGAUGAAUCGAACGGAAAUGAUUUUGGAUGGAUUUUGUCACAAAAGGGAAAGGAAAAUCUUUGGAGAGAGAUGGAGAGAGAAGGGAAAUGGGGAGUGUUUGGUAACGAGGAGAGAGAAGAAUUAGGAUUAGAAAUUGAAGGGGGAAUUUUUGGAUGUUUGGUUGAUGAAAUUAUGCUUGAUAUUUUCCCAUUAUCAGUAUAAUUUUAUUUAUUAUUUUUUAUUUUAUAGUGUCAAUAAUUUUAUUUAUUUAUUUUUUAUAGCAUACGGGAUUAAGAGGACUUGACCUUGCCUUUGCUUGGGCUAACGUCCCUCAAUGCAA